GCUCAAGCUUCUUGCUCGUGCCGCUCCGGUGUUUCAAGCCGCCGCGCAGCUCCAGACCGGACCUCCACCCUUCGGAGCUCCGGCAGCGCCUCCACUCCACCCAUGCGGAGCGCCGUCCUCGCUGCCAUGAACCUCCUGGCCUCGGUGGGGUCCGUGCCGGACUCCAUCUUCGAAGGCUCGCCGGUGGAUUGCGUGCGCUGGGCACCCGAUGGCGCGACCCUGGUGUCCGGCUCAGAGGACUACAUGGUGAAGAUUUGGAACACCAGCACUGGGAAGUGUUUAAGGACUUUGGAGGGUCACCAGGACGAUGUUUGGUCCGUGGCCUAUCGCCCGGAUGGCCAGCAGAUCGCCUCAUGCAGUGAUGAUUUGACCAUCCGGAUUUGGGACUUCGCCAGCGGCCGCAUGUUGAAAGCUCUCACGGGCCAUGCAGAUUCCAUUCGCAAGGUGGUCUACAGCCCGGAUGGUCAGACCCUGGCCUCCUGCGCGUGGGAUCACACGGUGAAGAUCUGGGAUCCUGCCAGCGGCAGCUGUUUGAAAACCCUCCAGGGGCAUAAGAACGAUGUGUGGACCGUGGCCUAUAGCCCUGAUGGUCGGCAGAUCGCAUCGGGCAGCGCUGAUCGGUCCAUUAAGAUUUGGGAUUUGCACAGUGGGAGAUGCUUGAAGACCUUGAAGGGACACAAGGACUACCUGCGAUCGGUGGCCUAUAGUCCAGACGGUGCCACACUCAUCUCUGGGAGCGACGAUCAUACCAUCAAGGUUUGGAAUGUCAGCAGUGGAGAAUGCCUGAAAACCUUGAAUGGUCACACUGAUUAUGUUUGGGAAGUGGCCUACAGUCCCGAUGGCAAGCGCAUUGCCUCUGGCAGUUGGGAUGUCAGCAUCAAGAUCUGGGAUAGCAGCAGUGGGAAAUGUUUGAAGACUCUCACCGGGCACUCGGAUGUGAUCGAUUCAGUCGCAUACAGUCCAGAUGGCCAACAUUUAGCUUCCGGAAGCGAUGAUUACUCCAUUCGCUUCUGGAAUGCUACAACUGCGGAAAAGCCCUCCGGAAGCGCCACCAUCUCGAGCUCUCGGCCCGGCCAACGUGCUUGGAGCCAAGCACGGAGAUCUCGCAAGGUGGGGCGGAAGGACAUGGAGGUUAUUGUUUGAGCGUGGACCGCAGAUAGAAGUGCGUGUGGAGGCCCUGCUAAGCAUAACCAUCCGAACAAUUCAAUAGCAGCAUCCAAUAUCCCAUGUGCCAGGC